AGCACUUCAAAUUGCUGCUGGGUACUCGCAGUGCAACAUGGACGAUUCCAUGACAUCCGAGGUAGUCAAGCUAAUGCUGGACGAACUGGAACGAGUCCGAUGUCGAAACCGUGAGCUUCUAGACGAAAUUCAAGCAGUGAACACUGGCCGGCCAACCCCCAACGCCGGGGAGCCAGUCGACUCAAACUUACACGCACUCCAGCAAGAGAAUGCUAGACUCAAGGCCGAAGUAGAAGCCGCACGUAUCAGACUCGAAAACGUUCUAGGUCAUGACCGCGACGGAGAUGAGGCGUUCAGCAUCGACAACGAAGGUGAAGGACUUGCGGAAGACUUGGCUAAUUUCAGCAAGGCUACUGCAGCUGGCGCGGCGGAGGCGGAGCUCGCUGAUCGAGUCAAGCGCGCGCACGAGAGGUACAAGCGGUACAAGUCGUCUGAAUUUGAUUUGGAAGAGGCCGUCCUCGAGACGCAAAACAGGAUCGACGAAACCGCCGCUGAACGCCAGCGAGAGUUACAACAGUUACAACAGCUUCAGGAGGAGCUUCAGCAAGUUGAAACCCAAUCCCCAUUCGACCUGGUCGACUUUCUCCGCAAUCCAAUGCCCGACAACGGCAGUGCCGAGCCCAUGGAAGAGGACAUACCAGUCCCAUCGAUGUUCGCAAACGCGAACACGCUACCGCAUGCUAUCGCAAAACUAUGUUCCCGUGGGUUUGUUAUGAGGCGAGGCGGCGAGGUUGUAUGGCCAUCCGAACCUCCUUCAAGAACACACUGCCUUUCCUUCUCGUCCACCCACCGUUACGAUCCGAAAGCGCACAAAUCCAAGGGUGGAUGGGAGCUUUCCGGGGACAUGCGGGCACAGGAAGAAAACACGAAGGAAGUCUUCCAUUUGACGGCGCAAAAAUGGUUCUACGCUGGAACCUACAGAUGUGAAAAGCAGACCAUACUCCCACUCAGCGAAAUCAGCGUCCUCACGAAGAAUCACAAACUCGACCUACAGCACAGGGCCGUCAUGUACCCCGUCAUGGUAGCGCCCAUGCUCGUGAAGAUGAUGAAGGACAUGUACGACUGUGGGGCGCUCAAGAUCGUGUGCACCGGAUGGCGCCGUGUUGGCUUUAAUCACAAUCUUGCCGACGCGCUGAAGUCUCUCGGAGAUACAACGACCGUGCCAGGUCGUGCGCCUCACCAGCCCCAUCCCAGCGGUUCUGUCAUUAACGUGCCGCGGGGGGGCCUGAGGAGUGGGAAGCGGUGGCAUGACGAAGAGGUGGACACGGCGCCAAUGAAGAAGCACAAGAACUAGACUCUUGUAAUGCGGAAAUCGCAGAUACCCUCAUUCAGAGGGCAGACAAAACCGCAGGCCAUC